CGCGCCGCUCCGGUCUCACAACGAGCAGAUCCCGGGAGGAGGGCGGAGCUGACGGACCGGGACAGGGAAGAAAUACCGGACUUUAACGCUUUUAUAUUGCGGGUUUUUUUUCCGCUGAUGCCCCAGAAUGUGAGAAGAAACCGGGGCAGGCUUAGUUCGCUGGAUUCGACGCACCUGCGGAGCGACAGGACGGGGUAACGGAGCGGACCUGACAGAACCGUUACCGGGAGCGGUAGUGUGUUUGCCACAGACUUGUAACAUCUUCAUUCUUCCUUCAUAAAUCCUUUAAUUUUCUUUCUUACUCAAGAAAGAUCUUAAACGCAGCGAGGAGGUUCUUUAGACCCUAGUGGACCCUAACGGACCAGGAUGUUUGACAUUUAUUGGUGACCGGAUUUUUGUGGGUCAGUCAGCCUCUACCGGAAUUUACUGUUAAAUAAUAAAAUGUACGCCGGAAGGAAAAGACGAAAACCGGCUCAGCGGGGAGUCAAACCCACUCCUGCAGAGGGCACCAAGUCCAACCCGUCCAAACGCCAUCGUGACCGCCUGAACUCGGAGUUGGAUCGACUCGCCAGCCUGCUGCCAUUCCCUGAAGACGUCAUCUCCAGCCUGGACAAGCUGUCCAUCCUGAGGCUCAGCGUCAGCUUUCUCCGAACCAAAAGCUUCUUCUCAGUGGCAUUGAACAGUCAGCCUGUGAACGAUGUGAAGAAGAGCAGCGAGCAGAACGACGGCAGCCGGACUUCAGGAGAAGGUCGGGUUCCUGAGGGAGAGCUGCUGUUGCAGGCCCUGAACGGCUUCGUCUUGGUGGUGACGGCUGAAGGAACCAUCUUCUUCUGCUCCCACACCAUACAGGACUUCCUGGGCUUCCAUCAGACUGAUGUGAUGCACCAGAGUGUGUUUGAGCUGAUCCACACUGAAGACCAGCAGGAGUUCAAAAGGAAUCUUCACUGGGCUCUGAAUCCUCCUCUCAGCCUGGAACCCCCCACUGAUCCUGCAGCUGAAGAAUCAGCCUCCUCCUGCCUGGUGAGCUACAACCCUGACCAGCUUCCUCCUGAAAACUCCUCCUUCCUGGAGAGAGCCUUCGUCUGUCGCUUCCGUUGCCUCUUGGACAAUUCCUCUGGCUUCCUGCCACUUAGCAUCCAGGGCCGUCUGAAGUUCCUGCACGGUCAGAACAGACAACAGAGCGACGAUGAUGUUCUCAUCAGCCCACCACAGCUCGCCCUGUUUGCUGUUGCCAUGCCGCUGCAGCCACCGGCUAUCUUGGAGAUCCGGACCAAGAACAUGAUCUUCAGAACCAAACACAAGCUGGACUUUACACCGAUGGCCUGUGAUGCAAAGGGGAAAAUAGUUCUGGGUUACACCGAAGCAGAACUCAGAGUCCGGGGCUCGGGGUACCAGUUCAUUCAUGCAGCCGACAUGCUACACUGUGCUGAGAACCACGUACGGAUGAUAAAGACGGGCGAGAGCGGCCUGACCGUCUUCAGACUGCUUACCAAGGAGAACCGCUGGAAGUGGGUCCAGGCCAACGCCCGACUCGUCUACAAGAACAGCAAACCGGACUACAUCAUCGCCACCCAGAGGCCUUUGGCGGAGGAGGAGGGAGGGGAACACCUGAGGAAAAGAUCUAUGCACCUUCCCUUCACCUUCACCACCGGAGAGGCUCUUCUCUACCAGACUGGAUACCCGCUGCACGGCUUCCCAGAUUCCUUUCAGGGAAAAGCCAAAGGCAGCAAAUCCAAGAAGGGCAAAGCGGACAGGAGCUCUGCAGAUGAGCUGAACCCAAGUUCUCUUCUGGGAGCGCUGAUGAGCCAGGAUGAAUCUGUAUACGUCUGUCAUCCGGAUGUGGAACCCAAGAUCUCCCUCCACAGCAGCAGGACUAGUGAGCCUGACGGCCUGCUGAGCAGCACCAGCUGGAGUAUCGGGUCCAGCAGGGAGGCAGGGACCUGCAGUGCUGAAACGCUGAGUUUUGACCCUCUUCUGUCCACUCUGGACUCCCUGUCUCUGGCUGAAGAAGAAAUGUGUUCCAACAGCGAGCUCUUCAGCGCUCUGGAGAAUCUGGGCCUGAAUGCUGAUGAUCUGGAGCUUCUGCUGCUGGAUGAGCGGAUGAUCCAGGUGGAGCUGGACCCCACCCACGUCCCCUCACUCAGCGACAUGCUCACCAACAACGAAAUCCUCUCUUACGUCCACGACUCUCUGCAGAGCGAGACGGAGGAGCCGGGCCAUCCAUCAAACCCUGACCCGGGCCAGAACCUCUCACAGCAGCCGGGUUCUGUGCCCCUGGUCCCCUCCAGCACCAGACAGCCCAUCAUCCAGCUGUCACAGCAGAUGCAGCAGCACAUCCAGUCUGCCUCACUUCCUGGAGCAGUCGGUACCGACGAUCUGGGCGGUUUAUCUGUCAGUGACUGGGUGGACCAGGAUCAUCCCACGUCUCAUCAGCCCCCACCCACACACUCGCAGCUUAAUGGUGAACAUCUGGAUCAGGACCCACACCUGCAGUCCCAGUGGCAGAUGCAGGGAAAUGAGGAGAGCCUGUCAGCUUGCCACAGUCAGCUGACAUCAAACGGGUCAUACCUCCAGAACCAGCUCAUGGCCUUCCCAGCCAACCUGGAGGUGGGACACGUGGAUUACAGCCUGUCCAGCUUGCUGUUGAACGGUAUGACGGGUACCACAGUACCUCCACAGCCACCGCUGGGUCACUAUAAACAGAUCGCUCCAUCCUGUUUGCCCAACGGGUCCACUCAGAACUCCUCCCCAGAGCUAGAACAGCUUCUGUCACUGUCGCAGCCGCAGGACGGGCUGACACCAUUAACCUACAGCCUGUUGGACCCGACGGCAGACGCCAAGGUGGAGAGCGUUUGUCUUCUCAGCAGCACCAACGCAUCAUACAUCAGGACAUGUCCAGCACUGGGAACAAAUGGAGUGACGUGUCCCGAUGGACUGUCGGGCCCGCAGGACCCCCAGAAAUCAGGAUUCUUCCUCUGACUGAAGGAAGAGGGGGAGCACAGGAGGUACAGCGAGACCGGACUUUGGGUCUAACUUCCUCCUAAGAACUGCUCCGAUGUCUCACCUCAACCUUAAAACAACUUAGCUGAUGUUUUCUGUCACACCGUGUUCGUUUUUCACUGAAAGUUUGGAAAAAAGCCAGAAACCUUUUUCUGAUCUGAGCAGAAACCGCUGGAGGAGGAGGAGGCCCGAGGAGCUCAGGUUCUCUUCGUGACUUCUGCUGCUUAGCUGUGGGUUUCAUUUUAAUUCGGUCUGAAAUAAUCUGCAAGUUUCAGAUGGCUGAAGCAUUUAAACUUGAUGUUGUGUCGUAGAAACACUGUGUUCACUCAUCUUUGCCACACCAGUAGCACCAGUUAGCCCAUCUGUAGCAUCGUAGCGGCUAGUCUGUGUAACCCGAUGGAAACUGGAAGGAGAUAGGUUUGUUGAAACCGAUCUGCAGUCAAAUUGCAAAAAGAUUUUUCAUCUAUCUGCAGUAAUUAAAUGAUAUUUAUGUGAAAUUAAACCAACAGAAGAGUCAAAAAAUGCUGCUUAACUUCUAAAAAUGUUCAGUAUUUAUAUCAAAUCUUCCUGAUUACAGAUUAUUUAAACAUCAGUGGGGGUCAACAGGGUCAUCCUGGAGCAUCUCAUUCCUUUUGGUGUUAUUAAAGAGACGUAGAAGAUGAGAGGUGGAGAUGUUUGUCCUGAAGUUGUUUACAGAGGUUCUGUGCACUUAAACAGCCAGUCAGACACGAUCCGAGGUUCACAUCCAGUUAAAGCAUUUUGUUUCCUGACUGGAGAACUCCCCCAGUUAAUGCCUUGUCUUCAGCCUCGGCCCAUCUCACACACACACACACACACACACACACACACACACACACACACACACACACACACACACACCAACCGAACUGUAAAUACAUGAUUUGUUUUAAUCCAGUGACUCAGGAGCAGACGAGCAGCACUGAAGCACUAAUCUACUGGUUGUUUAUGUCAGAGAUGUUCAUGUGUGUAACCCUGGUGCUACUCCAUCAGCUGGAGCCUGAAACCAAACAUGUAACCGGGUCAGAUCAUCAGAGCUCAUCGACUCCCCGAAGGUCUUAUUUAUGUAUCAUGAAGAUAUCAAACUCUCUCCUGGGUGGUCCAAUCACAGGUUUGGGUCAAACAGGAACAGCUGAUGAGUGUGUCUUUUACAGAGAGAGAAUUUUCCACUUGUGAUUGGAUCAUCUGGACUGGAACACAGCUGACCUGAGAACCAGAACCUGAAGAAGGAAGUCCUUUAGCAUUUAGCAUCGAGUCGGAAACCAAAUGCAGAGCGUCUCUGGUGUUGAAUGUCCUGAAUAAAGACGUAUCAGACACAGAAUCUGCAGCAUCAGCGGAUGACAAUCACCACAGCAACGAAAUGCAUUUAGAGUUUUACCUCCUUAGUUUAUUUUACUUUGUCUUUUCCUAUAAAACAGAUCAUUUAAAAGCACUUAUGAGAUCAAAUGCUGUAAGACAAUUAUAAAACUGAGCAUCUUUUUUAAUAAUUAAAAAAGAAAACUGUGUGUGUGUGUGUGUGUGUGUGUGUGUGUGUGUGUGUGUGUGUGUGUGUGUGUGUGUGUGUGUGUGUGUGUGUGUGUGUGUGUGUGUGUGUGUGUGUGUGUGUGUAUGGAGCUAGGAUUGGGACAAUAUUACAUGUAACUUGUAACAUGUUUGUAACAGUAACUUUCGUUUUGUUUCACAUAAUUAACAUUUAGUAACACAUUACAUUGGUUUUGUAGCAUGUCAUACCUUGUUUUGUAACAUGUAACUUUACAUUGAUUUUUUCCUGCAAGUUACAAAUUAAAGUUUUAUGUUACAGACAAAGGUUUCGUGAAUUACGUGCAUCAAAACAAAAGUUGUGCUACAAAACAAAAGUUAUGUGUUACAAAACGAUAAUUACAUGGUACAACAUGAAGGUUGUGCUUUACAAAACAAACGUUACAUGUUACUAAACGAGAGUUACGUUUUAGAAAACAAACAUUACAUGUUACAAAAUUAGAUUUACAACAAAAUGAAAGUUACAUGUUACAAAACAAGAAUUACAUGCUACAAAAUGAAAGUUACAUGUUACAAAAGUAGAAUUAUGCAUUAGAAAACAAGCGUGAUGUGUUACAAAACGUGAAUUAAAUGCUACAGAACGAAAGUUACACUUGCAAAACAUGUUAUAAGUAAAAAAACUAGGUACAAGUUAUAUGUAAUAGUUUUCCGUGUGUGUGUGUGUGUGUGUGUGUGUGUGUGUGUGUGUGUGUGUGUGUGUGUGUGUGUGUGUGUGUGUGUGUGUGUGUGUGUGUGUGUGUGUGUGUGUGUGUGUGUGUUAAAAGCACCAGUAUCACAAACUCCAGCACUGACAGUAAUCUGAUAGAGAUAAAAGAGCAUUUUAUGAUCCAAGAUGAUGAUUAUUGUUCCUCUGAAUCGUGUGUUUUUGUUUAUCUUUGUCGUUUCCAGUUUGUCACUUUAGCUGAAACUAAACCGGUGCCAUAGCAAUGAGCUGAGACAGUUUUUCACCGUGCUGGAGCACAAGUACAGCAUUUGUUUUUGUAAAAAAAAGGUGUUUGUUUGUUUUACUGUUUUGAAUCCACUUUGUCCACAGAUGACCUGUUGAAGUCUGAAACCAAACUGUCCAGGUGUUGUUUUGUUUUAACUCACAGACUUUUGUGACUUUUAUCACUAAAGUUCAUAGUUGUAUGCCAACAAACUUUUAUAUAAAAAAUGCAGUUUGCCUCUGAGCUGUGUAUUGAAAUGUGCUCUUAGGUCCUGGAAAUAAAGGAAGUUGUGCAAUCACA